AGAUAAGGCUGCCCCGCUGGGCAUGAGGACAGAGCUGGAAGCUGGGCCUGUGGGUUCUCCAAACUGCACCCCAACAUGGACGAGCAGAAUUCGGAAAAGUCACACAGCCACGCCUCGGCCGAUAGGACGUCAUCAGCCGUGUCCCAGAACCCCAGAACGUCCUCCCAUGUCUCCAAAUCCAUGAAGGAGUUGUCUUACCUGAAGGUACCUCAGGACCCUUCCUGCAAAGACAGACAGGGACACCCAACCACCAUCAUUCUCUGCAAGUCACAGAGCAGCCAGGUUGCCAUGGGGCCCAAGGAGCACAACAUGUUCAUGGAAGAAACCUACAGUGCAGCCAUUUGCUUCAAGAUGCUCCAGGACCUGAAUGGUUCAGACCCUCACGGCCUGAAGUACAUCAUUAAGAAGAUCAAGAACAUGGCUCACGAGGCCCCCAACCUGGUGCUGGAAACUAUCCAUGACUACUUUGUGAACAACCCAGAGAUGUCCUGCCGGCACAAGUUCUGGCUGUUCCAGGUCCUGGAGGCAGCCAUCGAAGCCAGCGACUCCCUGGAGGAGGCCUGGGAGAAGACGUUCAUGAAGCUGGCCCUGGAGAACAUGACUAAGUCCACGGAGCUGGAAGAGGUGUACCAGGACGCGGCCAGCAACGUGCUGCUGGCCAUCUGUAGGCAUUCGUGGCAGGUGGUGGCCCAGCACCUGGAGACCGAGGUCCUGACAGGCGUCUUCCCGCACCGCAGCCUGCUCUACGUGAUGGGCAUCCUGACCUCUAACGAGUCAAUCUUCCAGAAGGGAGAGAAGGCAUGCUGGGAAAAGCAGCUGGCCCAGAUGGCGGGAAAGUCCGUCCAGUUCCUGAACAUGGACAAGUGGUCCAAGGAGCUGUUAUCGGCACUCACCAAGCCUGACCAGACGCAUCAGAAACAGCCCCCAGAAAAGGCCUUUCUGUUCAUCUACUACGGGCUGAUCCUUCAAACUGAGGACAAUGCCACCACUGUCAGGACACACCUAAGAACCCUCCUGGACACGUCCCACCAGUGGCCCAAGCAGCGGGAGGGUAUCGCGCUCACCGUCGGGCUGGCCGCGACCCGCCACCUGGACCACGUCUGGGCCGUCCUAGAGCAGUUUGGCCGGAGCACACCUGUUAAAUGGAGCCUCCACAGCUUCUGCCUGAAGGGUCAGAAAUCAGAGGACCCGAAGUGGAGGUGGGCCAGCAGCACCAUGCUCCUCGCCUACGGUCAGAUGGCGGUCAAGGCCAAGGCGCACAUCCUCCCGUGGGUGGACAACAUCUUGUCACGGAUGGUCUUCUACUUCCACUACAGCUCCUGGGACGAGACCUUGAAGCAGAGCUUCCUCACUGCCAUCUUCAUGCUGGUGGGAGCCAUCAGCCGCAAUGAGGGGGCCCACAGCUACGAGUUCUCCCAGAUCUCAGAGCUUCUUGAGUGUCUGAUGGUCUUGAUGGAGAAGGAACCCCAGGACACACUGUGCACGUCAACUCGCCAGCAGACCAUUCACAUCAUCUCCAGCCUCUGUAAACUGAGGCCGCCCCUGGACUUGAAGAGGAAAUCACGGCUUCUGUCCGUCUGCCUCUGCAGUGUGUUCGCCCUGCCACUGAUGGACGUCCUGAAGAAACACACCUGCCUCUUCCUGGAGCCACCCAACAUACAGACCCUCUACAACAAGACCUUGGAGGCCCUGGACCAGAUGCUGCAGAGCCUCAUCAUGCAGAACCCUACGGCCGACGAGCUGCACUUCCUGCUGUCGCACAUGUACACCUGGCUGGCGUCGGAGAAGACACACGAGCGGCAGCGGGCUGUGCACAGCUGCGUGGCCCUCCUCAGAUUCCUGAGCCACGACCUCUACCUGGAUACAAAAGAGGACUUCAGGAGGACUGGGCAGCUGGUGGGCAUGCUGGGGAUUUUGUGCCAGGACCCUGACAAGGCCACCCAGCACUCCAGCCUGGAAGGGGUGGGCCAUCUCUACCAGCUCCUGAUGCGCCAGAGAGCAAGGGAACUUCCAAACGUGGAGGCGCAGGCCCCCAAGCAGCUCUCCCAGGCCAGCGAGGAUGGGGCCCCCAUCUGGAGCAGCGGAGACCAGCAGACAGCUCCCCCCAACCCCUGUGAGAUGGCAUUCCCGAAGGAUCACAUCUUCCAGCUUGGCAGCUCCCAAGUCAUCAAGGAGGUCAUGAAGCAUCUCACGGUGGCAGAGCUGACCGACCUCAUCUGGACAGCCAUCGACGGGCUGGGAUCCCCCAGCUCCUUCCGCGUGCAGGCGGCCGCCGACAUGCUGCUCCUCGCCAUCCAGGAGCACGGGGCCGAGCUGGAGAUGGUUGCCAAGCUGGGCCGAGCCAUUCACUUGCAGCUCUGCUCUGUCCACAUCCCCCAAGCCAAGGAAGUCACCCUGCACGCCAUCACCCUGCUAGCCCGGAACCACACCUCGGAGCUGGUGGCCACCUUCCUGGACCCCUCCAUACCCUUGGACAGCCACGCCUUCCAGUUGUGGAGGGCCCUGGGGGCCGAGCGCCCCGUGAGCCGCCUGGUGGUGGCCACGCUGCUGGCCUGGCUGCAGGAGCGGCCGAUGCCCCCCGGGGCCAGAGACGGCAGCCCCCCGCCCGAGGAUAAGACCUACCUGCUCUCGCUCACCGCCAUGAACUUGCUCCACGAGCUGCAGUUUGCCCGAGAGUUCGAGAAGGCGGUGCAGGAGGCCUACCCAGAGCUCCUCCUGGCCCUCCUCACCCAGACGCACUACAUCUCGGAGCUGAACCUGCCCGAGGAGCCCCAGCCCGGCCAGGAGGCCCAGCCGCUGGCCACGCCCAGUCCGCAGAGGACGUCGCUGGAGGCCCUGAAGGGCCUGCUGUCCACCACGGGGCACUGGCAGGACUUCGCCCACCUGGAGCUGCGGGGCGCCUGGGAGCUCUUUGCCACCACCCACACCUACCCGCAGGGCGUGGGUCUCCUCGCCAGGGCCAUGGUUCAGAACCACUGCAGGCAGAUCAAGGCAGUGACCAGCCAGCUGCUGUCCAGACUGCAGAGCAAGGAGAAACGGGAGCGGAAGACGGCCAUCCUCAUCCUCGUCGAGUUCCUCUACAGCCCCACGCUGCUGGAGGUGCUCCCCAGACAGGCCGUCCUGACUGUGCUGGCCCGAAGCCUCAGGGAUCCCAGCCCCGAGGUCCGCGUGUUGAGCCUACAGGGCCUCGGAAACAUCCUUUUCCACCCAGAGAAGGGAAGCCUGCUCCAAAGACAGAUGUCGGCCUUUCUCAACGGCUUCUUCCAGAACAGCGAGCAGGUGGUUGUGCGGGUAAUGGGCACCGUGUCGGACGUGCUGCACCGCCUGGGCGCCAACGGCGCAGCCGCGCAAAGCCUCCGGGUGGCCAUCAACGCCCGCUCCUUUUUCGACGACGAGCGGGACGGGAUCCGGGCAGCGGCCAUGGCGUUGUUCGGGGACCUGGUGGCAGCAGCGGCAGGCAGGGAGCUGAUCGGCCUGCGAACCCAGGUGCACCAGAGCCUGGUGCCCCUGCUCCUGCACCUGAAGGACCGCUGUCCGGCCGUCGUCACGCAAGCCAAGUUCGCCCUGUACCGCUGCGCGGUGCUGCUCCGCUGGCGGCUUCGGCACACCCUCUUCUGCACGCUGGCCUGGGAGAGGGGACUCAGCGCCCGCCACUUCCUCUGGACCUGCCUGAUGACCCACAGCCAGGAGGAGUUCAGCAUCCACUUGGCGCAGGCCCUCAGCUACCUGCACAGCCGCCACCACCACAUCAAGACCUGGGCUGCGCUCUUCAUAGGGUACAACAUCUGCUUACCCCAGGCCGUGUCCCAGGUGGUGAACAGCAUGGACACAAACCUGUUGCUCUGCACUUUUGAAGAUCUCAAAAAAGACCCAGAGCCCGGCAUCCGGGAAUUUGCCAGCAGGCAGCUGUCUUUCCUUCAGGAGAUGGCCGCCAGACCGCAGUGACCUCCAGCCGUCCUCCCUCACCCUCCUCCUCCCCUGUGCCCACCGAAUUGGUCAACCCUGCCCCGUCCACACGGAGCUUGGAUGCAUAAAAUUUUUCCAUUUGAGAAAAAGAUGUAGAUUCAACAAAGAACCUUCACACCUGCCAGCUCCCUGCCCGCCAUCUCGUGACCCCAGAGGACCGAGGCAAGCCCACGGGACACCGGCAGGACUAGGGAACAGGGACAGGCCUAGAGUAGAGGGGGCAGACCAGGUAUCCCAGAGGCAAACUGUGAAGUCUCUGCAGGGUCCUGCAAAUGACAGCUAGUGGGAGUCAGGUGGAGUCCACGUCAGGUGGAGCCAUGGUCCGCCAGGGUCUGAGUACUGAGGAGGUUGUCCAAGGGCAGCCACCGUGGAAUGGAGCCGUUUACCAAGGCCCCCCCACCCCCACCCCUGAGUCUUCAGUUUGUCUCUGGUUUGGAGCUUAAUAGUCACUGAGGAGCGGGCCGUGGGGAAACGGUCCUUUGGCUGGUCUCCCUCAGUCCAGGUGACUCAAGGUCUCCCUCCACCAUGACCCCUUGCCUCCGGAGUCCAGUCAGGGCUGGGCCAGAGCCAGACCUUCCCAGCGGGGCCUGGGUGAGCUGUGUAUGGCCCGAAGCAAGGGUCUCAGCUCUCUGAGCCUCAGCUAUUCCAUCUGUAAAAUGGGUAGAAAGACCUUCCUCCCCGGACCCCUCACAGGACUGAGUCCAAAGACGGUCCUUCUGGCAAGCACCCCCACCUCCCAUGCAGCCACCUGGAGACCAGCCUGACCUUCAGCCAGGUCCUCCCUUCUCAGCCUCGGUUUUCCCACAUGUGAAAUGGGCAGAUGGGCCUUUCCCCAGUCUGUUGAAGUUCCUCCUAGGGCCUGAGUCCCAGGCAGUCUCUCAGGACCCCCCACUCGACCAGCCGGCCACCCACCUACCCUGUCUCUCAACUACGCACACACCCCCUCCACACCUUUGCUCAGGAAGCUCCUUCCAUCCGGAGCACCUCCCCCACUCCCCCCCAGGGGCCUCCACACUGCCCCAUCCUUCGAGGACCAGCCUGCAUGGCUCCCCAGAGGGAGCCUCCUUCUCAGCCCCUCCUCAGCCCACCUUGAGCCUGAGCCGCACCCCCCAACCCUUGCACCAAACUCCCAGGCUGUCUCACCCCGCCCUGCCCCCAGACUGUGAGCGCCCUGGGGCAGGGAUGCAGGUGCACAGGGCUGGCACAGAGGGGGCCCCAAAACUUGGAUGGUGCGUCGAAAACAUACAGCGACCUUCCUGGAGCACGCAUUUACUAGCCUUCUCAGGUGUGUUCCAUUUGAUAGAGCCGGGGGCCCCUCUCCACCCAGGAGCCCAGAGAGGGCUGGGGUCUACGGCCCCCAUCCUACCCAUCGGUCCAUCUCUGAAUAAAGCCCCCUGAGGAGC